AUGGCGUCUUCCAAGAGCACUGAUUAUCGCCUCGCAGUCUUUUCAAGAUCUCAGGUGGAUUCGAGCGACGCUGUGAAGGAACUGGAGACUGCUAUUGCCAGGUUUCAAGCCAUCCUAAAUGAUGACGAUCGCAAGAAGCUACAAGAGCUCAAAACGACUUCUCACGAUUCUCAAUCAAUAAUCCUGUUCACUGCCGAGCUGGAUAGGCUUGAUCGGAACCGGAGAGGGAAGAGCGUCGCUACGCGACUCUCGUCAUUCCUGCAGAUGAUUGAACAAUACACUCCAAUCAUUGACACGUAUAUCCAGUCAAAGCCCGAUAUUUCGGCUCUAGCAGAACUCAAGACGUAUGUUGAGGAUAUCAGAUCGAAGGCUGAACAUGUGCAGCGAGACAUUGAACUAGUCAAAGCUCAGUAUGAUCGCGAAGAGCAACAACUCCAGACUAGAGAGCGGCAAGUGGCAUCAGAUCACCGCAGAAAUCUAUUUGCCUGGACAUCGAAAGCAACUGCUGAAAUGAGGAUGCUUCAACUUCGUGGUAGGAAAGUCGAUACAGACCAACGACGCUACCGUUUGCUCCAAGAACUUUCCUCGUACAACUUUGCAGCCGCUCUGAACAUUAUACGUACUAAGCGGCAUCUUGGUACGGCACAGUGGAUCUUUGAAACACAAGAAUUCAAGGAGUGGAUGGUGCUUAAUAAUUCAGCAUUCCUACAUGUCACUGGAAAGAUUGGAUCUGGAAAGUCAGUCCUAGCAUCCUCGGUAGUGGAUAAGCUCUUUGAGAAUCGUCCCCCACAGCAGUUUACGUCCUUCUUCUUCCUCCGGUUUGACGAUCCAUCAAGCUUGGACCCACAUACAAUCAUUCGUUCGUGUCUACAGCAGUUGUUAUCGGCAAUUCCCAUGGCCGAUUUGCGACCGGGGCUUGCCUCUGAUAUCGAUGACUGCCUGGAGCGCAACAAGGAGUUGAAUUUCGCCCUACCUUCUUUGAGGCAACUGUAUUAUCAUGCAUCCGAAGCUGUCGACACCUGGUUCAUCAUUCUUGAUGGGUUAGAUGAAUUUGCACCGAAUCAACAGUCGACUCUCCUCGAUUUCCUCUCUCGAGUUAUUGAUACACUUCCAGAGUCUCGCUCUAUCAAGAUUCUGUUUUCCUCCCGCGAAACGUCUUCAAAUGCUAUACAACGGGCAUUUCCUAAUUGCCCUCAACUGAUGACCGGCGGGCAAUGCACGAGUGAUGACAUUAGUGCGUUUGUGGAGGACAUACUCAAAGAGAAGGUUAAGGCUUAUGAGCUUGUUGUGUCAGACCCUCGGUUACUUGACGAAAUUCGUGAGACCAUUGAUUCAAAGAAGCAAGGAAUGUUUCUAUGGGCAUUUCUCACCAUCGAGGAUAUGUGUUCGAGAAAAACCGAUAAGGAAAUACGUCAGGCGCUCCAAGAGAUCCCGACUGAUCUUCCAGCAACGUUUGACCGAGCACUGAGCCGAAUAGUAGAGAAACAAAACCAGGAUAUUGCAAAGAAAGCGUUCAUGUGGACGAGAGCGGCAAUACAGCCACUGACUCUUGCUCAAAUACGAGAGGCUCUGUCUAUUGAGAUAAACCAACGCACAUUGCACCAGGACGAUCUCAUCAGCGGCAUAGACCGACUGCCAACUUGGUGCGAAAGUCUGGUAUAUGUAGAAGAGACUGACAACACAGUGCAUUUCAGCCACCAUUCAAUAAGGGAAUAUCUCCUGACGCCCGGUUCCGGGAAAUUCUUCAAUCUUCAUAUCGAGGACGCGAGCUGUAAUCAGCUCGCCGGUGAGGCUUGCAUCACUUAUCUCAACCUUGAUAACUUUCAAACGGCACUAGUCCAAAAUCAUAGCCAGAACGGUUUGAAGCUUGACGUGGGCGAAAUGGCCGGCCAGACGGUACAAGAUGCAGUCAGAGGAAGCCUUGGUACACGUAUGGGUCGUCUUGUGCGAAAUGUGGUCAAGUCACAGCAACACACUGGAGGUUCGAUAAACCAAAGCGUCGUCCCCAAUCUCUUCCCUCGAGGGAUUGCGAACUUUGAAUUUCUCAAAUACGCUUCACAAAACUGGUUCAUGCAUGCGGUGAGGCUAGAUUCAAAAGCUGAUGCGACUACAUGGAGGAACCUUGGCCAACUUAUCAAGAAUCCCCCUCCCCAGGCAAAGUAUCAGCCAUGGACUGAUGAUUCUUGGAGGGUUAAGGUUAAGGAAAUUCUGGAUUCCGAUGCUGGCCCGCUAUCGGCAUUCUACAAAAGUGUUUUACUGUCUUUGUCUCAGGAUGAUUCAAGGGAUCCAUUCACCACAGACCUUUAUUUUGCUUUCAUUCAUGCAGACUAUCACCUCAACUGGGGCCUUUCCUGUCGUGUAUUUGUCUUACUGGCCGAUUAUUAUAGGACAUCUGGCAGUGUGCCUACACACUUUUAUAUAUUGGCGGCUCACAAAAGGCAUGCGCUAUGCCGAAAUAGAUGCCUCAACCUCGCAAGACCGCAACUCGAUCAUACUUUGUUCGUUCGCGUUACAACAGUUGCAAUUGCAAAUGGUAUAUCACACCUCCCGGCCCCAGAUCCGGACUCACCAGCCCCCUCUUGUGAUUGUGCGAAGGAACCACGGUAUCAAUUACAAGAGGAUGUCUGCCAGCUUAUUCAGAGAGGAUAUUAUAGAGCGUUACAGCCGCACAUCCACGCGCUCGCUGUUCUAUCGAGACAGAUCGAAGGUGCUAUUCGAGUCACGUCGCUGAGUACAUUGAUCAACAGUUGCGAAAUUGAUGCAAAUACUCUUAUAAAUUCUAAGACGAUCACUGGGAAAACGCUUUUUGAUAUUCUGGUGGAAGGCGCCUUGUCCAACUUUGAUACUUUCAAGGCCAGUGGGUAUUCGAAGCAUCCACAUGGAUACGUAGUAUCCCAUGGUCAGGACAAGAGAACGAGAGAAUUCUUCGAGUACUGGGACCACAUAGCUGUUGGCUCGUCUUGGCAGACUAGAUUGGAAUCCAGCAUCGCACUCAUUGGCCUCCUUCAGGCUGGUCGCGAGGGCAGCUUUGCGGCGGUCUUGCAAAACUUUCAACACCUCGAUUCCAGUGGUGGACUUGUUCCAUUGCACAGAAGGACUAUAGCACGUGUCUUUAACGAGGCUAUAGUCCCGACCACAUGGCCAUAUAGUGUGGUAAUACGCGCGGUCACAUCCUUUUUCGAACACUUAGACCAUCUUGGUCUUGGCGAUAUACAAGAAGAUAUCUUCAAGCGGUCAGUCUGGCGCAACAACUGGAGUCUUGCGACGGCCCUUCUUUCCAUCCGGCCUGUUUCAGCGGAUGCUAGGAUAUAUGGCGACUUGAGACAUAUCAGGAGUGCAUUACGCUGCGAAUCAUGCCAAAGGCUUAAUUUUGGAGAUUACUGGAAAGGUGAACUCAUCGAUGAAUCGUCAACUUGCUUUAAGCUUUGCCCUUUUCACCUUCAACUGAUCAAGAAGAGAACUAACGAGGAUCUCCUUCUGAUUCAAAAAGAUGCCCUGCAAUGCCCAAAUGGCGCCAACGAGAAGGAUGAUUGGAGAAAAACGAUGAUUGGAGGUUUUGUUUCGGCGGCGUCUUAG